AUGCACCACGACAGGCAUGAGCAGCAGCGAACCGACCACCCACUGUCCAAGGCCAACGCGUUGUUAUGGCAAGACGACAAGCUCACGAAAUUGGGCCAGCCAGGGUCGUUGGAUGCGACUGAGCGAGGACAUUACGAAGCACGCGUCAAGCAACUCGAGGUAGCCAUCGACACGAGCUCGGUGCGGGCAAGGUGGUGGCAAGGCGUUACCCCCACCUGCCACAUCGCUACAUACCACCAGUCCACCUCAACGUCCAACUACACGCGGGCGGUGCUGUCCUUCGCCGGGCUCGUGGUGUUUGUGCUGUUUCUCAUCUUGCUCAAUCAAAAAGUUUCCAUGUUUUAA